UAUGACGAAUUCAACGAAGAUUCUACGAUGCUGUUUUUUACAACUUAAUUUUUAUUAAAGUUGAAAAUAUUGUUAAGAGCUGUUCAUCAAUUUCUCGCGAUCUUGUAGCUAAGGCAACCGUCGCAAAAUGGAGGCAAAUUUAAGCGAUUCAAGUUCUAGUGAGUAUAGUCCUAAGCACAACGGUGAAAAUGAAACGGAGACUGAAAUGAAGAAAAAACGAACGUAUUCAGCUACCUUUACGAAUGAAAUGGAUUUGAUGCAGAAUACCAGCAAGAAGAUGAGAUACGAAGAUAAGACUACUUACGAAUCUACCCAAAGUAAUUCUAACUCACAUUUCAAAGAGGCAAAAGUGGCUCCAAAAAAUAAAGGGGAGCAUAUGAUGAGAAAAAUGGGAUGGGUUGGUAAAGGAUUAGGAAAAGAUGAACAAGGUCGUUUAGAACCUGUUAAGGAAUCUACACAAAAAGAUCUUAGAGGUAUUGGUUAUGAGGUACCUGGAUUAGAAGAUGCAAAAGAAAAAUGGGAAAAUUUCCGAGACUACGAAGUGGUAAAAUGUCCAGAAGAUAUGAAUUGGUUAAAAAAUGAACAUAAGGAAUUACCUUUCGAAGAUGAAAUGAAAGAUUGGAUGCGUACAGGUCCUACAAAGGAAUCUUUACAUGGCGAAGCAGAUUUCUGUCAUGCCGAUAUAGUUGAAGAUAUUCUGAAGUAUAAAGAUAUAUUUGGUUCCUUAGAUAAAUUAGGAAAACGACGAGCUCACAUGCGAUGCAAUCCAUUUGAAACCAUUAGGGGGGCUUUCUUCUUAAAUCGAGCUGCUGUUAAAAUGGCCAACAUUGACAAAGCUUGUGACUUUAUGUUUACCAAUGCAAAUGUGUUGGAUAGAAAUGGAUUGCCAAAUAAAUGUAACGAAUUAUUGUACUUUGCUGACGUGUGUGCCGGUCCUGGUGGUUUCAGUGAGUACGUACUGUACAGAAAAAAAUGGCAUGCAAAAGGAUUUGGUUUUACAUUAAAGAAGGAAAAUGAUUUCAAGCUGGACGACUUUUAUGCUGGACCCUGCGAAACUUUUCAUCCUUACUAUGGACCUAAAGAUGAUGGAAAUGUGUUUGACUCCGAAAAUCAAAGAGCUUUUAGAGAUUUGAUUAUGAGACAAACGAAGGGAGUAGGAGUACAUUUCAUGAUGUCCGAUGGUGGAUUUUCUGUAAAGGACCGGGAGAACAUUCAAGAAAUCCUAUCGCAACAGUUGUACUUAUGCCAGUGUUUGGUUAGCUUGAUGAUUGUUAGAGAUGGUGGUCAUUUUGUGACAAAGCUAUUCGAUAUUUUCACUCCUUUCAGUGUUGGACUCGUUUAUCUCAUGUACCGCUGUUUUUCGGAAGUUUGCCUAUUUAAGCCCAAUUCUUCACGACCGGCUAAUUCCGAAAGGUAUCUGAUAUGUAAAGGAAAACGCUCUAAUGUUGAACACAUUAUUGAUUACCUAUCCAGAGCUAAUGAGAUUUUCGAAAUGAGUUCCGCAAAAGGGUCAAACCUCUCCGUCAUUGAACUCGUUCCAAAGGCAGAAUUAGAAAAGGAUACAAGAUUCCUGUCCUAUGUAAUCGAGUCCAACGAAUCUCUUGGAAGAAGACAAAUUGCAAGCCUGCUUAAAACGAUUACUUUUUCUGAAGAUACAAAUCGUAUAGAGGACAGGCAAGCGAUAUUGCGAGAAGCGAGUCUUAAGGACUGGAAGCUAGAGGACGUAGGUCGUACGAAGCCAAGUGAUGGGGAACCCCGUGAAAUUAUACGUAACAUACAGUUUAAUACACAGUUGCUAGAAAAUACAGGAAGGAUCCUUAAUGAAGAUGAUGAAACAACCUUCAAAAAUUUCUUGAAUAAUUGGUACUGCAUGCCAUGCGCUACUGCUCCCAACAAUGACGAAAACUGGAAAGCGACAUUUUUCAUAAGUUUAGGAAGAACCAAAGUUUACCUUUACACUAAAGGCCGUUGGACUAAAUUUUCCAAGAGCGUAGAGUUACCACGAGGCACACUUGUGUUUGCAGAAAUGGUAUGGAGCUGUAGGGGUGAAUACUCGAAACAACGAAAAGUCCCUACGUUACAUAUCUUGGAUGCUCAUUACCUCGGAGAAGAAGAUGUGAGCAAAUUAUACAUAAACACCCGGCAUAAGCAGAUCAAAAUAUUCUGCGAAGCGCUAUGGAAACCGAAUGACAAUAUCAACAUGCGCGUCUGCGCCAAAGAUUUAUUAUUCAUUAAUGAGAAUUUCAAGUUACCGUACCAGCUGUGCACAAACAAAAAGAGCCUCCGACUUCCGAGUUAUUUCCCUUUUGUAUCGCCCGAGUCCUACGACGCCGAGGAAAACGAAACGGAACCUCAAUUCUUUGAAGUCAAUAGCGUGCUCUUCCUACAGGGUACACCGACAAAUUAUGGACGUCAUUUGAGCCAAAGUACAAAACAUUAUUAUAUCUGCGAGAAAGGCACUCCGUUAUCGAUAUAUGAAAAGGACAUACAUGGAAUGCCCAAAGCCAUUGUACAUUUUCCGGAAACCUUCAAAAAUCGUAUCAUUUGGAACAGAGAUCCUAAUGAUCCUUCGUCGAUAGAUAACUUACUAAGGAGGCUUCGAUAUUUUAUCGAAAAAGCUCGUAAUAAAUAGUGUUAAGCACGAAUCGUGAUAUUCUACCAAUAAGACUGGACAGUAUGAAAGAGAAAGCUAAGUAUUCAUUUGAGCAUAAGAGGGCCACAAGAUGUAAUAAAACAAGAAACCUUGUUUGGAACUCGUUACAGAGAAAUAGGUGAAAGACGAGUUGAAACAGGAUGAAGAAUUUUUCACUUUUUCGAAUUGGUUUUGUUCUACAUCUAGAUUCGUGAUUGAAAAAAAAAAAAUGUAACGAAAGUAAUUCACGCAAACCCAGAUCUAACCUUCAUGUGUUUAAAUAUCACCAAUGGAAAGUCAAAAUUCGACAGAGACCUAAUUUGUUCUUAAAUGUGAAUAAUACAAUAUGCAAAUUUACAUCGAGUGACUUCACUUUAUGUAUUUCUAUCUAGGAUGUAUUCAUUAAUUACAAUGAAUUAAAUUAGCUUAUAAAAGACGAUGUAAAUACUUUGUAAAUAUUACACAUAAUAAGGUUAUUUCAUUAACUUGAGAAGUGUUUGUUAUUCUUUCCUUUAUAUUUAAUAAUCAGUAUAUUAGGGGGAGCGGGAAUGUAAUGUCGUUUUCUUACAUUAAAUUUAAUGCGCAGAGACGACAUUACUUUCCAGUCUCCCUAAUAUUUAGCUUUGAACAGGUAUAAAACCUUACACUUGUGCAUUAUUUACAGUAUCAAUAACAAACAAUGCUAAACAAUUUAAAUAAUUUCAAGGGGUAUAUUACUGUUACCUAUAUGGCACAAUCAUACAUGCCUACAUACAUGUAUGUCAUAAAAUCAAAUUUAACUAACAAAACACGGUCACGUAUCUCGUAUUAUAAAGUACAUACAUUCCAGUAUCUAAACCAGCGUGACUUUUGUCGCUUUCUUCUCUACUGCUAUUACAUAUUAUACUAUUAUCCUAAAUAGUAGAAACCGCAUCAGAUUAAAUUCAGAGAACUUGUAAUGAUGGACAAAACACCAAUAAUGUAAGCGUGAAAAUCAUAAAGUAUUUAAUAUAAUCAAACCAAAUGUAAAUAAAAGUUUCUAAUGUUACGACGGCAUGUUGCUCCAUUCUAUUUUUUUACGACAGACAGAAUUCCAACAAGUCAUAUUUUUCUGAGGAUAUGACGCUAAUUGGUUAAAAAUAGUUCCAUAGUUCUUAUUCAACAAAGAUAAAUGAGUUUGAAAUAAUGCAGAAGGAAAAUUAUUUGAUAACAUGAUUAUGAAAAUGUUAUAAAGGCUAAAUGACGAUGUUACUUAAAUUUGGAAACAUUUAGAUUAAGCCUCUACUUAUGAAAAGAGUAAAGAAACGUAGAAUACUAAUUAUUAGUUGGAUCUGGGUUUGUAUAACGUUUUUGAUUAAUGAUCGUUUGUGUAACUUGUCACCCUAAGUAGGAGAGUCGCAGAGAAAAUUCCACUGUAUCGUUAUAUGUUAUCGAAGAACAACUACGAAAAUAAUGAUUAUUGCGUUUGUACUAUAGUUUAUUUAAACUGUAUAAAGUGAGAAUCACGUGGCUGUUACCAAUAAAUUUAACAUGCUUUACGAGUUAA